CUUCCGGUCAGCUGAUAGUGCGUCAUAGGUGUUUGCAAACGAAACUUCUGUAGCUUAAUGCCUGCUCCGUCCACUGACACCACACACCGCCGCGGUCAUGGGAGAAAAUGAUGAAAGCCAAAUAAUUGAGCACCACGAUGAUGAGGAGAUGGAGAAGAUGCGGACGCCGAGGAAUCACGCGCAUUCCUUUCUGGAGAGCGUCACGUCGUCGGAGAAGGACGGAUACAGUAGCACGCAGUCAUCGCAUCGCCUGCUCGCCUACAGCGAUGCGCUUAUCUCCAUCAUCGCCACUGUAAUGAUAUUGCCUGUUGCACAUACAAAAUUUCAGGAUAAUGAGGAACUGAAACAGAGUAUUCAGGCUUUGCUCACCACCAAGAUUGCUGUCUACUUGAUGACUUUUUUGAUUGUCACUGUUGCAUGGGCUGCACAUAUCCGGUUGUUUCAAGUCAUCGAGCGCAUUGACGACACUCUUGCACUGCUUAACCUGGCAUGUAUGAUGCUUAUAACCUUUCUACCAUACACAUUCUCUCUCAUGGCAACAUUCCCUAGUUAUACUCUUGGCAUCCUCCUAUUCUGUGCUUGUGUCAUGGUGAUUGGUUUAAUUCAGGCCAUGAUUGUCUUGUAUGGAUUCAGCCGUCCUUUCUUCCUCAAUGAUCAGAUCCAAAUGUCUGAGAAUCAGGCUUAUUACAAGCGACGCAUCCUUGAAGUCAUCAUGAGGGUUCCUAUCAUGUGUCUGUUUGCCAGCAUAUUUUCAUUCAUCUUUAUCCCACUGUCCUACAUCAUUUUGGCUGUUGUCAUAUUCCUGCCUUAUAUCUCUCAGUGUUUAAAAUGGAUCCGGAGUAAAGCCAUCGGCGGUCAGGUGGAAGACAGUCCAGAUUCAGUGCCCUUCUACACCUACCACCCCAGUGAACCUUUGAGUAAAGAGCGAGUGGAGGCCUUCAGUGAUGGGGUGUAUGCAAUCGUAGCCACGCUGCUCAUCUUAGACAUUUGUGAAGACAACGUACCUGAUCCGUCUGUGGUGAAGAAGGAGUUUGACAACAGCCUCAUCGAUGCGCUUCAGGAGUACGGUCCCGAGUACCUGGCUUACUUCGGUUCCUUCGCCACCGUCGGCCUGCUGUGGUUUGUUCAUCACUCGCUCUUCCUGCAUGUGACAAAGGCCACUCGCCUCAUGGGCCUCUUCAACACGUUCUCGCUGGCCUUUGUGGGCGGCCUGCCGCUCGCUUACCAGCUCACGCAUGAAUUUCCCAGAGGCUCCCGCAAUGAGCUGGAGGCCGUGCAGAUCAGCUGCGUCAUCAUCUUCUUCGCUGGUCUGUUCCAGCUAGCGAUGUGGGUGACGGCACUUUUCACGGAGCGCGAGACAUUGCACCCAUAUGUGCGCUACGGCGGUCGAGAGCACGCCUUUAUGUUGGCCAAGCUCUCGCUCUACCCCUGCGUGGCGCUCGGGACCUUCGUCUUCACCUGCAUCCUGAGCCGCUUCAGCACGUCCAUCUUUCACAUGAUGGAGAUUGGCGUACCGUUUGCUUUUCUUUUACUGAGGUUGCUGGUCCGUGUGGCGCUGGCGGUUAUCAGAUGGCUCUUCUGUCCUGCGAGGAACGAUUUGGAUAGUGUUCCAGUAGAGGAAGAGGACUCACAGCUGCCCAUUAAUGAUAUAGUGACUUAGCAGUGAACGGAGAAGAAAACGCCUCAAUGUUUGACGUAAAAUCAAGGUUAGGCUAGAGCACUGCAGAAGACGUCCAUAUCGGUCAAAUCUCUUUUAGUAUAAUAAACUGUGGAAGUGAUUGGUCUUCAUGAUGAGUCUUCAAUGUCAUAGCAGUGGUCCGAGAAGAGCUGAAGAGUUUUUGUUCUCCUUACAGUACAGAAAUGCACAAAAAAGUUUUUUUUUUUUAGCCUCUUAAUGUUUUUAUUAGCAUGUUAAAACAUUGUAUUUAUGUUUUUAUGUACAUAUUUAAAUGUGAAUUAAAUUACACUUCAUUCACACAGUAAGAACUACAAACGUUUUUUUAGGUUAUGUUGGUUUUAAUAUUACAAUUAUAUUCUUGUUUUUAAUUUUUAUUACUUUUGCACGUAAUUCAUGGUUUUCUUCUGGAGCUGCAAUUCAGGUCUUGGUAUGUUCUAGUGAAGGAAAUCUUUCGUAUAACUGCAUAAACGUCCAAAACAACAUAUAUUAGGUUGAGGCGAAUGCUCUGUCAAGGUUUCUGUAAUGCUCUACAUAAAUCUAUUUUUCAUUUCAUGUGACAAUGAAACUGCUGAUGCACCUUAUAUUAAAUAAUGACGUUAAUGUUGCACUUACAGUCUGCUCUGAAUGGAGCAUAUAGAGAUAAUAAUUAAGAUGCGUAAGCCAUUAUAAGAUGUUUUGAUUGUUUUUGUAGCAUUUGAGAUUAAGUUUUGUUAGUAUUUCAUCUAAAUGUCAUUACCAUACUGCAAGAUGUUCUAUGUAAAGUGCACUUGUUUUUAAUUGUCAUUUUAAGUUCUUUUCUUUUUUAAUACCUUCAUAUUAGCAGUCUGUUUUGGGAACUACUGUAGAUGUGUCUGUUCACAUGUUACUGUUUAACAACAAACAAAGAUACAAUUUUGAGAAUAAACUCAAUUGCUGCUUGCAGAAGUACUUUUGGUGGCAGAUUGAAAUCAUGUAAUGAAUGUGACCAGAGAGUAAGUCAAAACAACUGAAGUUUAUUCACCAAGUGUAGCAUUGCAAUAAUAAUAAUAAUUCUUAUAUUUUUUUCCUCAGUAUUUCCCAUAAACGUAUUACUUUUUUUGACUUCUGGUAAAUAUUUACUACUGAAAACUCAUUAAAAAAAAUCUGAAAAUCAGAGAC